AUGGCCCACCCACGCAGUCUGUUCGCGUGCAUACUCAAUAUCGGACGAUGUUGCCAGUGUGGAAGAUGUUGCGUUCCCGUCACAAACUUGCGACACGCUCUGCGCGAUGUUGCGGUGCGAUUCAUGCGCUGCGAAGAUGUUGGGAAGGCUGGAAGCUAUUCAUCGCGUCGACUGCUGAAGCCUCGUUGUAGGAACGCCGACACCCGCGUGAUGCGACACUACAGACAUGCUACGACUUGUCUUUUCGCAGUCAGGCGUGCCGCUCACCCACCGACCGUCUCUGUUCCGUCCGGCGCGAACCGACUCUGCACCGUUGCGCUAGCGCGACUGGCUGCCCGCCAAGCUUGUUUGUGUCGCGCUCAGAGAGCGAGUCCAGCUCCAGGCGCCAGCCCGCACAACAACGCCACGACCGCUCCGCCGUACCGAACAAGUCGUUGUCACCGCUAUGCGCUUUCCACACCCGCCGUCUCCGCAGUCUUGACAAGCCCCGCGCUCGAUACGAUCCGCUCUCACCCCACCUCGUAUGCUUCGCUGUCUGCAACACACCCCGCUGACGGCUCUCUCGCGACAGCUCUUUCGCCCGCGGUCACGCACACACGCAGUCACGCACACACGCACACGCACACGCACAAGAUGACAUCCCGCUCGACGCGCAAGCCCGCAACGCCUAUAAACUACAAUGACGACCGAGAGAUGCCCGUGGAUAAUGUUCUCGAAGAGGCAGCCACUCGCCGGCUGGGGCUGUGGCGUGUGGUGAAAAUCCUCCUCGAGCGCGAUUGCCCCGGUGCGAAGAAAGAAUACAUUGUCCAAUUCAAGGACAUUGACUCAUCGACGGGAGAGCUGUACAAGCCGGAACGGGUAUCAAGCGUUGGGGAUGAUCUUUUAGAUGCCUGGCGUGGCGGAGAGGGCCAGCGCGUGGUAGGAACCGACAUGUCCAAGGGCGAGAUUCUGCACAAGCGUCAGAAGCGGUCAUCGUCGGAUGCGGGAGUCACCGAGACCCCAAGGCGCUCCACACGCAGACACCAGAAGAUGGAGCAGAGCCCCGCCGACGUUCCUUGUGCGGUUGUGCCUACAAUCGACAUAACCACUUCCAUAACCUCUGGCGCAUUCAGGCUGCAGAUGCAACAACACUUCGCUCCGGCAUUCCACACUCCCGCCAACACCGCCGGCAAAGUAGAGGUGGCUGUCCAACUCCCCGCGCAUGUCGUGUUUGUGUCAUCUUCUCCAUUAGGCCAGCUCCGCCAGCUCGCGCACAAUCAUAUUGAUAACCACUUCUCCGCUCCACACAACCUUGGCGCGAAGUUGCGGAACGCGAUGGAGCUCAAGGGCGACCUGAUCAAAGUCGUCCGAAUGACCGCGACUGCUCCGGCCAUUAUUGCGGCGUAUACGGAGGCGGCGAAACUCGUUCCAGGUGUUGACGAUAUAGUUGACACCAUCGAGAUCGAGCAUGGCAUCACUACCACCAGCCGCUUCCUUGCUGUGGGCGAGGACGUCGAUGCCUUCAUUGAAAAUGACUCAGCUCCAGGCAUCUCCAUUGCCGGGGCCUUUUCGUCGCCUGAGCCAUGA